GAUUAUCUGUACUUUUCUUCACUCUCUCUCUCUCUCUCCCCUCAUUUCUGCAAAAAUCUAACUCUCUUUUACGAGAAACAGGACAAGGAACACCGAAACACGACGAAGACAAUGGUCGUAAUAAUAAUGUGCUAAAGAGAGAUUUUCCGACCAAAACCACAUGGGUAAAAAGAAUGGCUCUUCUUGGCUUACCGCCGUGAAGCGAGCUUUCCGAUCUCCGACCAAGAAGGAACAAAAUACUCCUCACGGUAAUGAACCCGAAGAAGACGAAGAGAAGAAGAGAGAGAAGAGACGGUGGUUAUUCAGAAAACCGGCGAUUCAAGAAUCUCCGGUGAGGCCUUCCGGUAGCUCUCCACCGCCACCGCAAGAAUCAGACAACGCAAACUCGAAAACCUUCCCGGAGAGAGCACCGAGUAAGGUUACGACGACACCAUCGUACGCCGGGAAAUCCCCGUCCGCCGUUGUCUCCGUCGCCACGUCAGCAUCCCCGGGGAAUUUACAGAAACUCCCAAGGAGGGUUUAUUACGCAAGAGAGAAUUACGCUGCUGUUGUUAUCCAAACUUCUUUCAGAGGAUAUCUGGCAAAAAGAGCAUUAAGAGCAUUAAAAGGAUUAGUGAAGCUGCAAGCAUUAGUGAGGGGUCACAAUGUGAGGAAGCAAGCCAAAAUGACUUUAAGGUGUAUGCAAGCUCUGGUUCGAGUCCAGUCUCGUGUGCUUGACCAACGUAAACGCUUGUCUCAUGAUGGUAGCCGCAAAUCCGCAUUCAGCGACUCUCAAACUGGUUUUGAAUCACGUUAUCUUCAUGACAUUUCAGAUCGACAAUCCAUGUCAAGAGAAGGAAGCAGUGUCGCAGAAGAUUGGGAUGACCGACCACACACGAUAGACGAAGUGAAAGCAAUGCUGCAACGGAGACGAGACACAGCAUUGAGACACGAGAAGACUAAUUUGUCUCAAGCUUUCUCUCAACAGAUGUGGAGAACGGCUGGUAACCAAUCUGCGGGAGGAGACCACGAGACUGAAGUUGAGGAGGAAAGACCUAAAUGGCUUGACCGGUGGAUGGCCACCAGACCGUGGGAUAAACGAGCUAUUAGUAGAGCUUCUGUUGACCAAAGGGUUUCGGUUAAAACCGUGGAAAUCGACACUUCUCAACCUUACUCAAGAACAAGCAUCGGAAGCCCCAGCCGUAGCCAAAGACCUAGUUCACCAUCAAGACAUAGCCAAAGACCUAGUUCACCAUCAAGAACCAGCCACCAUUACCAAUCCCGCAAUCAUUUCUCAGCCACUCCAUCUCCGGCUAAGUCUAGACCAAUCCAUAUCCGGUCAGCUAGUCCGCGGUGCCAAAGAGACCCGAGGGAAGAUCGUGACCGAACAGCUUAUAGCUAUACAUCAAACACACCUAGCUUGAGAUCUAAUUAUAGCUUCACUGCUAGGAGUGGUUGUAGCAUUAGUACCACAAUGGUCAAUAACGCAACACUGUUGCCUAAUUAUAUGGCGAAUACAGAGUCGGCUAAGGCGAGGAUUCGGUCGCAGAGCGCACCAAGGCAACGGCCUUCGACACCAGAGAGGGACCGUGUGGGUUUGGUUAAGAAACGGCUCUCGUUUCCAGUGCCGCCGCAACCAGAGUAUGAAGACAAUAAUAGUAGCUUGAGGAGUCCAAGCUUUAAGAGUGUGGCUGGUUCACAUUUUGGUGGAUUGUUGGAGCAGCAAUCGAAUUACUCUUCGUGUUGCACUGAGUCUAUUGGUGUUGACAUCUCUCCAGCUUCUACCAGUGACUUUAGAAAUUGGCUUAGAUGAUUGUCCGUGAUUCAACAGCGGUCACAGUCCUCCACGAAAAAAAGCGUUUUCCAUUUUAUUUUAUAUGCUGAAGAAGAAAGAAGAAGAAGAAAAAUGUGACUUUUGACUAUUGAAUUUGACUCGUUGAGGUUAUGUUCUGUUUGGAAAGGAAAAAAUAUUAACCACUUGUUCUGUAACUUCUUAAAAUCAUGCAAUGUUUUAAA